AUGAGGACAAACAAAGAUGAGUGCACUUGGAUUAAUUUACGUGUAGAACAAUUUUGGGGAUGGAGCACAACACAGCAUCCGGGAAAACAACAGUUGGAAGAAUUGCUGUGGCAUCUUAGGGGAUCCCUGUUAUUCUCAGCUGCAUUGAAUCACGCAGAAUUACCCUUGGUUUCAUCCCCAAAUCCGUCUGGCAAAGCUAUCUUUGAAGGUAGUCAUUUCUAUUCUGAAGGAUGA